UUACAGGAGCCUGCAGGUGCAAAAUUUGACUUUCAAUUUUGACACGAGAUGCUGGACGUUAAACAAAAAAGGGAAAACAAGAACAACAAAUGGCACGGUGAUUUAAAUACAAAAGGCGCACUCCAGAAAAUCAAUAGCGGCAAUAAACAUUUUAUCAAUGAUAGCAGAGGAAAUAAGUGUUUAAUAUAUUUUUAAUAGUGUUAUAUAACCUUUUUUUACACCAGAAAUAAAAAUGACCUCAGAAGCUAGCGAAUCUAAUUCUACAGAUAAAUUAUCGAGUAACGAAUCCGUACAAGUUAUUGUGAGAUGCAGACCUUUAAGUCUUCAGGAAUUGCAGCAGCAGUGUACAAGUGUCGUAAAAAUAUACUCAAACAGGGGUGUUAUCGAGGUAGAAAAUCCAAAAGCCAGAAGCGAAAAUGAAAGGAGUAAAAUGUUUACGUACGAUGCCGUGUAUGACGAAAAAUCCACACAGCAGGCCUUAUACGACGAGACUAUUCGACCACUGGUCGCUUCUGUGCUGGAGGGGUACAAUUGUUGUGUGUUCGCCUAUGGUCAGACGGGCACUGGCAAAACAUACACGAUGGAAGGGUGUGAUGGAGAGGAUAUUGGUAUAAUUCCAAGAGCAUUUGAUCAGAUAUGGUCUCACAUAGCCAGAAAAACAGGCGUUGAAUUUUUGGUGAGCGUCAGAUAUAUGGAAAUUUACAUGGAGGAAAUAAGAGAUUUGUUAAAAAUAAAGAGCACCAAAGUACACGAAUUAAGAGAGAUGCCCGGCGAAGGAGUGGUGGUUACUAAUUUGCACUCUCACAACUGUCAAAGCGCGAAAGACAUGUUGAAAGCGAUGAAAACGGGGAACUUUAAUCGAACUACUGGAGCGACGAAUAUGAACGAGCACAGUUCGAGAUCGCACGCUAUUUUUCAGAUAAUAAUUGAGAUGGUGGAAGGUCACUCAAAGUCUAUGAAAGUUGGCAAAUUGAACUUGGUGGACUUGGCAGGCAGCGAGAGGCAAUCCAAGACUGGGGCGACAGGAGAUAGACUUAAAGAAGCUACCAAAAUUAACAAGGCCUUGUCCUCGUUAGGUAAUGUUAUCUACGCCCUGGCCGAAAACUCCGCCCACAUUCCCUAUCGCGACUCCAAACUCACCAGGUUGUUGCAAGACUCCUUGGGCGGUAACAGCAAAACGAUCAUGAUAGCUAAUGUGGGCCCGGCCAGUAUGAACUACGACGAGACUAUCGUUACUCUGAGGUACGCCUACCGCGCCAAGAGUAUCAAGAACAAACCGAUCAAGAACGAGGAUAUUAAAGACGGAAAAUUGCUUCUGAUGCAACAAGAAAUCGAAAGAUUGAGGGCUCUGAUCAGUGAAAAGAGUAACGGGGUCGAUAUGAACGGCUUGAAUGGACAAAACGCGGAAGAAUCUGAUAGUGACGAGAGCGAUAAUGUCGAAAAAGAAAAGCAGUUAGAGCUGGGCAAAAUGGAAGUCGAUGAGCUGGCUAAAAAACUUAAAACCCUGGAAAAGCAAAUGGUUCAUGGAGGAAAAGAUAUCGUGGACAGCGUGAACGAGAACGAACUGAAAUUGGAACAACAAAAAGCCGAAAUUGCUGACAGAAAAAAAAAAGAAAUUGAGAUGCAACAAAGGAUCGAGCUUGAGGAAGAGACUUGCAGCGAACUGAAACAAGUUUUCGCUAGUUUACAGCAACAAGUUGACUUUAAGAGAGAUAAGUUGAAGAGAAUUAAUAAUAAAUUGCAAUCAAUCAGACAGGAAAUUAAAGAUAAUCACGAGGUGUAUCUUAAGGAUAGACAGGAAAUUGAGAAUGCCAACGACGAAGCCACAGUAAAUCUGAGACAGGCUUUUCUGAUCAUCGACAAUUUCGUACCCUCUGAAGAAAGGAGCAGGAUUAUUAGUUUGGCUCAGUUUGAUGAAAAUUUGGACAAUUGGAUCAUUAAGAAAGAAAUCGAGAAGAUAUUACCUUCAGAGAGACCGAGGGCACACAAUUACAGACGUCCUAUAUCAGACUAUGCCAUACAACAGGGCCAACUCAAUCCAAAAUAUAGAGGUGAGAACGUCUUGGACCUAAAACUGGACAUGCCCUUGAGAACGACGCAGGACUACGUCCCUCCCGCCAUCUGCCCUCAGAUUAAAGCUCUAGUCAAUGACGUCAUAAAGAAAGAGAUGGACAACUGCCACGUCACUAUCAAGAUGGCGCCCCAUUCGAUGUCUCGAAGCGCGGGAGGCGUGUCCAAGUUGGAACAGGAGGGGAAGUACAAACAAGCUCUCAGAAGUUUGGUGGAUGUUAAUAGUCUCAAGGCUUCAAAUAAACCUGUACCGCCAAGGUCAGCAAAGUCAGCCUAUCACUUGAAAUAGUAGGCCUCUAGUUGACACUUUUAGUUAUUUUUUUUGUGAUAUUUUUUAUUGUUUUUUUAUUGCUUUGUAUUUAUUGCUACGUUCUAUACAGAUUUAUUUUUUAUACACAAUUUUAUUUAAGUAGCGUUGUUAGAAAAUAAAAGAAAAAUUGUGAUGAUAUUCGUCGAGCGCCAAACUUGAUUUAAUUAUAAAAAGAAAAAAAUGUUUUGUUAAAGCUUUUAUGAGUACAUACUCAAAUUUCAGUUAUUUUACGUUAAACUGUUUAAAAAUGCAUUUUUGAACUGCAUUUUA